AUGGAACAUCUAGAAAUAUAUCUUCGAAACAUCCACUGUUCUGACUGUGAGCAGACGGUGCGUGGCAUUUUUGCAUCCCAUUAUCAGCUUCUAGACUUCCGACCUUCACUACCGCUUAGUCAACAGAUGUCAACCACUAGUGCAAUUUACCGCCAGAACCGCAAUCAGGUCGAUUUAUAUCGUUCCUCCCAUUCUCCUGGUGCUUCCUUUGAACAUAUCAUCAAGAAGAUCACCAAAAAGAUCAAACGAGCCGGGUUUGGUGUUCUCUCGUGGGAGAUAUCUGUUGAUGGGCAACUCCAACAGAGCUCUGUGGAUGAAGCUGACUCCGAAAAUGAGCCUUCUCUGAACCAAUUCAACCCCGUUCGGGGCUUGUACUCGAAGUACAAACAAAAGUCGUUCAAAAAGAGUCACAUCCAGAAUUGCCAAAAGUGUCGAGAUGAGCUUGAAUCCGAGAAAGAAAAACGGUCUGACUCCAGCUUGAACGGCUCAUUCACCACCGUGGUAGAAACUCAGCAGAAGGAGUAUAGAGUGGUGUUCUUUGUGGGUGGAAUGACGUGUGUCUCAUGUGCCAGUGCUGUAGGUGAGGCAUUGGGGAAGGCUUUCCAGGAACUUCAUAUCGAGUCCAAGCAUGAUGAACCAAGCUAUUCGGUCAAUUUGUUACAACACUCAGCAGUUGCAAUUGUCCCCAAUAAACAGGUGAUAAAUUCUUUGGUCAACACCAUUUUGGACCUGGGUUUUGACUGUAAGAUCUUGGAAGUGCUUCCCGUGGAAAGAUCUAUAAACGUUAAGGUGACGGCCGCGAUAGGAGGAAUAACCUGUUCAGCCUGUGCUAUCUCCAUCGAGUCUGCAGUACAUGAAUUACCCUUUGUAUUGGACUCUAAUAUCAACACUAUCACCAAAACAGGUAUGUUUGUUAUGGAUGAUUCGGACCUGAACCUUGAACUGUUGAAGACCACGGUUGAAGACUGUGGGUUUGACUUUGAGGUGUUGAAUGUCACCAAAAUCAACUACGUCCUGGGUAAAAAGCAGUCGAGAACAGUAAACUUGGAAGUGGAAGGGAUGUUUUGUGUUCAUUGUCCUGAAUUAGUGUAUGACUACUUGAGUAGCUAUGGGGAAGUCAUCCUGGUUGAAGAUGAGCUUACUUUAUCACACCCAUUACUAAAAUUCACCUACAUCCCCAAUCAAGAAAAGGGUCUCAAUAUAAGAAAAAUUAUCAAGGAUCUAAACCAUUUGAGACUGACAGACGGUGAUGAGGCUUAUACUAUCGACUACUCCAAGCAAGGACCUUUUACUUGCAAUUUCAUAGAACCUGUAUCAAUGGAUGAGCAUCUCCGUGAAUUGGCUAAAAAAGAUGUCAAAACCAUAGCACUCCGUCUUUUUCUUGCUGCAGUGGUUGCCAUUCCUACAUUUGUGUUUGGUGUUGUGGCAAUGCUGUUGCUUCCCAAACAUCAUGCAUUCCGAGUGUGGAUUGAAAAACCAUUAUGGACCGGUAAUGUUUCCAGGUCCACAUGGAUUUUAUUCUUCUUGAGUACCCCCGUCUAUUUUUUUGCAGCCGACUUGUUCCAUAGAAAAGCCAUCGUGGAAGUCAGAUCACUUUGGAUGCACAAAAACUCCUUCAAGAGAAGGCUCUUCAAGUUUGGAUCAAUGAACUUAUUGAUGUGUCUAGGAACUACUAUUGCGUAUGUUAGUAGUAUUGUUCUUUUGAUACUUAGUUCUCAACAAAGCUCGGAAUCAAUGGAUGCACUUCAUACUACUUAUUUCGAUUCUGUGGUGUUUUUGACGUUCUUUUUGUUGAUAGGAAGAUUGUUGGAAGGUGCUUCUAAGAGUAAGACUGCCGAAGCCAUUUCAGGCUUGAACAAGUUCAAGGUUUCUAGUGCCACAUUAGUUGAUCGAGUUCCAAGUGGAAAUAAUGAGUACAAAUAUGAAAACGACCAAACCAUAGACAUCAAGUUCUUGGAGGUGGAAGACUAUAUUCGUAUCGCCACGGGGGAGUCACCUCCUGUAGACUGUGUGAUUGUUGAAAACUCAGCUGAGUUUGACGAGUCGGCUUUGACUGGAGAGUCUAAACCCGUCAAACAUUCACCGGGGAAUCAGGUGUUUAGUGGAACAGUCAAUGUGAGUAACCAAGCUGUCAUUGCCAAAAUUUUGAGUCUUCAGAGUGAUUCGUUAAUCGAUCAGAUUCUCAAUACUGUUCGUGAAGGCCAAAUGAGAAAGGCCCCCAUAGAGAGAACAGCAGAUGCGCUUACGGGUUACUUUGUGCCAAUUAUUGUAUUCAUUGGAAUCUUGGUGUUUAUUAUAUGGUUGAUACUAAGCUAUUCAGGGGCAUUGCCUGACUCCUACUUGGAUGUUGAUAUUGGUGGUUGGUUCAUGUGGUCUUUACAGUUUGCCAUAGCAGUGUUUGUGAUAGCAUGUCCCUGUGGAAUUGGCCUUGCGGCUCCGACAGCUCUUUUUGUAGGGUCAGGUUUAGCAGCCAAGAAUGGGAUCUUAGUUAAAGGUGGAGGAGCUGCUUUCCAAGAUGCUGCCAACACCAAAGUGGUGUGCUUCGACAAGACAGGAACCUUAACCUAUGGCGAGAUCAAAGUCACCGACCAUCAGUUUUGUACAGAUGAUGAACAGAUGCAGCUGGUAGCAGUGCAAUUGGCAAGGGACUUGGAAUUGAGUUCUAAACACCCACUCGCUCAAGCCAUUAAAUCUUUCACUAGUCAAUUUGCACUAACUAGCAACAAAAUUCCAGCGGUGGAAACAGUUCCUGGAAAAGGUUUAAAAGGUUCCAUUGUCGCUGGAGACACCGAUGGGUUUUGGAAUGGCCUCACAGGCAAUGUGGCCAUUCUCGGAAACGAAGCACUCAUUGAUGAUUAUAAUGUCGAUAUUUCAGAUGAACAAAAGAGCAUCCUUGAAGAAUGGAAGUCUGAGAAGAAGUCUGUGAUACUAGUGGCGUUACUUUCUGAACAUAAAAAUCAGUUGUUAGUGAUGUUUGCCUGUCGUGACCAGAUCAGACAUGAGUCCAAAGACAUCAUCGACCAUCUUCAGAAUCAACUUGGAAUCGAGUGCUGGAUGAUCACUGGUGAUAACUGUGUCACAGCCCAGGCCAUUGGAUCCGAGCUUGGAUUAGACCUGGAGCACAUUGUGUCGGGGGUGUUACCGGAUGAAAAGCAAAUGCAUAUCAAGAGAAUCAAAGGUCUCAGAAACACGGUUAUAGCAAUGGUGGGAGACGGAAUCAACGAUGCCCCAGCAUUGGCAGCCGCAGACAUCGGAGUCGCCCUUGCCAGUGGUGCCGAUAUUGCUGUGACUUCAAGUGACUUUAUCCUUCUCAAUAAACUGCACCCAUUGACGACACUUGUCACCCUCUUUGACUUGUCUACCAAGGUUUUGAAUCGAGUCAAGUUCAACUUUGCGUGGGCAUUGGUGUACAACAUGAUAGGAAUCCCAAUUGCAGCUGGGGUGAUCUACCCGUACCAUAAUUCCCGGUUGAGCCCUGUAUGGGCCAGUGCGGCCAUGGCAGCGUCACUGGUGAGUGUGGUGUUGAGCAGUUUGGCCCUCAACUGGUAUCGUCCCAUCGUCCCCAAGGAACAACCAAAGCAAGCACCAGAGCAUAUUUGA